UGGACGCCGCCCGGGCAGGAGGAGGGUGACGAGGCCGCGAGAGGGAAGGAAGGAGGGAAAGCGGCCAGGGCGCCUGCGCGCAGGUGUGUCCCGGCGGCCAGCUGGGCGACCCGUCUGAAGCAAAGUGAGGGUGUUCGGGCACCAUGGAUUUCUCCAAGUUCCUGGCUGACGAUUUUGAGGUGAAGGCUUGGGUGAACGGGGCCUUUCGAGCAGUACAUCAGGAAGCCCCAGGCAAGGUGGAUGCCCACGCUGCCACCUUGGUGAUGAAGCUCCAGCUCUUCAUCCAGGAGGUCAACAAUGCUGUGGAAGAGACGAGCCAGCAGGCCCUCCAGAGCAUGCCCAGAGUUCUGAGGGAGGUAGAAGCCCUGAAACAGGAGGCAACUUUUCUGAAGGAGCAAAUGGUCCUGGUGAGGGAGGAUAUUAAGAAGCUGGAGGAAGACACAGCGCAGUCCAUGCAGGUCUUAGUCAAGCUGGAUCAUGUGAAAUCUCGGAUGCAGCUGGCGGCCGAUUCACUCCAGGAAGCCGACAAGUGGAGCACCCUCAGUGCUGACAUCGAAGAGACCUUCAAAACACAGGAUGUAUUGGUCAUCUCAGCCAAGCUGACCAGCAUGCAGAAUAGCCUGGCUGUGCUGGUGGACACGCCAGACUAUGCCGAGAAGUGCGUGCACCUAGAAGCCCUCAAGAACCGCCUGGAGGCCCUGGCGAGCCCCCAGAUCGUGGCAGCAUUCAACACCCAGUCGGUCGAUCAGGCCCGAGUCUUUGUCAAAGUCUUCACGGAAAUCGACCGGAUGCCCCAGCUGCUGGCUUACUACUACAAAUGCCACAAGGUGCAGCUCAUGACGGUGUGGCAGGAUCUGUGCCAGUCGGACCUCCCGUUGGAUCGGCAGUUGACCGAACUCUAUGACGUGUUGCUCGGAACGUGGCACUCGCAGCUGCAGUGGACCACGCAGGUGUUCCAGGCCCCCCACCAGGUGGUGACGGUCCUGCUGAUCCAAGCCUUGGGAGCGCUGGUGCCCUCGAUCCCCACCUGCCUGAGCACCGCCGUGGAGCGCGCAGGACCUGAGAGCAAGCUCAGCCAGCUGCUGGGGCUGUAUGACGCCACCACCUACUUUGCCCGGGGGCUGGAGGCUGCCAUGCUGCCCUACUUGAAGCAAUGCAAUCUGGCAAAGGUGACAGAACUGGUUGACGCUGUCUAUGGCCCCUACAAACCGCUCCAGCUGCAGUACGGUGCCCUAGAGGAAGGCAACCUGCUCAUCCAGAUGAGUGCUGUGCCUCUGGAGCGCGGCGAGGUCCUCGACUGUGUGCAAGAGCUCAGCCACGCGGUGAACAAGCUCUUUGGCCUGGCCUCGGGGGCCGUGGACAACUGCCUGCGGCUGACGGACGGGCUGGGCGUGGGCGGCCUCCUCCAGGCCCUGCGAGCCCUUUUCAGCAAGUACGCCUCUGACUUCAGCAACGCCCUGCAGUCGAUCCGGAAGAAGUGCCGGCUGGACGAGAUCCCUCCCAAUGCCUUCUUCCAGGAGGACUGGAGUGCUUUCCAGAUGGCGGUCCGAAUCAUCGGGACCUGCGGGGAGCUCCUGCGCCAGUGCGGAGACUUUGAGCAGCAGCUGGCCAACCGGAUCCUCUCGGCGGCAGGGAAGUACCUGUCCGACUCUUACGGCCCCUGCGGCCUGAGUGGCUUCCCCGAUGCGGCCCAGGAGAAGCCGAGCCCCGCGAGGAACCCCUGGAAGGAGCACAACUACCUCCAGCAGGAGAGCCCCGAGGACUACGCCGCCCUGCUGGAGACACUCUACACCCUCAAGGAAAAAGGGACGAACCAUCACCUGCUGGCCGACUCCCGCUCGGCCCUGACGCGUCUCAACCAGCUUGCCCACCAGCUGGCCUUCGACUCCGUCUUCUUCCGCAUCAAGCAGCAGCUCUUGUUAGUGGCCAAGAUGGAGAGCUGGAGCAUGGUGGGGACAGGCGAGAUGCUGAUGGACGACCUGCCGAACUUCAGCCUCACCCCCCUGGAGUACAUCAGCAACAUCGGCCAGUACCUGAUGUCUCUGCCUCUCCACCUGGAGCCCUUUGUCACCCAGGAGGACCCGGGGCUGGAGCUGGCCCUGCGCGCCGGGAAGCUUCCCUUUCCUCCAGAGCAAGGGGAUGAGCUUCCCGAGCUGGACAACCUGGCCGACUACUGGCUGGGCUCCCUGGCCAGGGCCACCAUGCAGACCUACUGCGAGGUCAUCCUGCAGAUCCCCGCGCUCACCCCCCACUCCACCAAGCAGCUGGCCACGGAUAUUGAUUACCUGGUCAACGUCAUGGACGCUUUGGGCCUCCAGCCGUCCAAGGCCCUGCAGAGGACGGUGACCCUCCUCAAAACCAAGCCGGCGGAUUACAAGCAGGUGGCCAAGACCCAUCCCCGGCGCUUGGCCAGCAGCAUCGCAGCCAUGAGGGGCCUGGACUACUGACCUCGGGGGCUUCUGGGCCAAAGCUGGGGCUGGACCCUCGGCGGGAGCCUGGGUGUCAAAAGGGACCUCUGGUGGGGGACCCUCCCCGUGUGCCUGGAGCUCUGCCCUUCCCUCCCAGUGGGGGAGGAACAGCCGUCAUGGGCCGGCAGAAGGCCCCCCCCUGCCCCACGAUGGGGAUGGAAGAGGUUGUAUUUCUGAGUCACAGAAUAAACACCUG